AAGAAAUGUGAGCGGCUUCUCCUGUAUCUUUACUGCCAUGAACUGAGCAUUGAGUUUCAAGAGCCAGUCCCUCUAACUAUACCAAACUACUAUAAAAUAAUUAAGAAGCCAAUGGACCUAUCCACAGUGAAAAAGAAGCUACAGAAGAAACAUUCUCAACACUACCAGACACCAGAAGACUUUGUAGCAGACGUCAGGCUAAUAUUUAAGAAUUGUGAAAGGUUUAAUGAAAAUGACUCUGAAGUGGCUCAAGCAGGAAAGGCUGUUGCAUUAUACUUUGAGGAUAAACUUCCAGAAAUCUACCCUGACAGGACCUUCCCACCAUUGCCAGACUUUGAACCAGAGGAGGAGGAUGAUGGGGAAAUAACUGAGGAUUCAGAUGAUGAUUUUGUACAGCCUCGGAGGAAACGUCUAAAGUCAGAUGAGAAGCCAGUGCAUAUAAAAUGA